AUGAUUGUUAUUGAAAGUAAUCAUUCAGUUGAGAAAAGUUUUCUUACAUUAUCAACAUUUCGUACAUUUUUAUUAUAUAUUGGUGGUGAUCAAAAUAUUUUCGAUGAAAUGAAAUCAUAUUAUUCACGUUCAACAUUUUUUUCUUCCAAAAAAUCUAUAGUCAUAUUGAAUCUAUUUUUACAUCAAUACAAUACUGAUCAUAUAUCGGAAGAAAAAUCAUUUUGGCAAAUUAUUAUACGUAUUAUAAUGAUGCAAAUUAAUAUUGCUGUAUUUAUAUUUCUGCUAUCAUCAUUAUAUUCACCAUUAAUGAUUGCUAUUGAAUUGAUUAUAAUUGGUUUUCGUGUUGUUAGAUAUUGUCGCCGAAUAAUACAAAAUGAAUUAAAACGUUAUCAUUUAAUUAUAAUGGAUAAUAAUGAUAAUUAUAAUAAUGAUAAUAAUUAUAAUAAUAAUUAUGAUUGGAUUAUAACUAAUAAUGAUCAAAUGAAAUGGAAACAAUCAUCAAUAACAGUUAUACAAUGGGAAUUGAAAAAAAUUUUACAAAUAUUUAUUCGUUUGAUUAUAUUUGCUGAAGAAGUACAAAAAUAUUUAUCAAAAUUAUUAUUAUUAGCAUUAAUUGUAACAAUUGUUGCAAGUCAAAUAACAUUAAAUUGUUUAGAACAUUUAUUAACAUCAAGACAACAUAUGACAAUACAAAUAUUUCUUUUUUAUUUUCUAAUGCUUGAUUAUAUUAUAAUAAUAUUUGUAACAUAUUUUGUAUCGAAAUUAAAUGUAGAAUUAAAUUCGAUACAUAUUGAAUUGAAUAAGAUUAUUAUACAGAUGAAUGAAUCGAUAACAUUUCGUUUUAAAUUUCAAUUAGCAUGUUAUUAUGAACGAUCAUUAGGUGGAAAACCAUUUGGUAUAUCAAUUGGUUCGAUAACCGUAUUGAAACGAUCAGUAUUUAUGAAGAUUAUUAUUCUUUAUAUUCGUUUUACAAUUUUAUUAUUUGAAAAUUUUUAUUAUCAAAUGUGUCGAUUAUAUUUUUGUUCAUAUAAACCUAAUAAUUAUAAAUCAAUUUAUCAUUUUUAUACAAAAUUUAUGUUAAAUGAUUAUAAAUUUCCAUUAUGGUCAUCAUUACAAUGGCGUGAAAAAUUAUGUUGGUAUUUAACAAUGAUAAUGACUGCAUAUUAUCUUGGAAAUAGUGUUAGAAUUUUUAAUUUGAAUGAAGAAACUAAAUUUAUGAUUUCCGAUAUUGGUAAAUAUAUUACCGAUAAUAUACAAUUACAGCGAACAAUUUCAUUUCAAGCUGGUUUUGCAUCGUUAAUUUUUCUCAUAAUAAUUUAUUAUUCAUUUGAUACAUCAUCAUCACAUUCAUUACGAACAUUUCUUUUGUUUAUGUUGAAUGAUGAUGACAAUGAUGAUAAUAAUUAUCAAAAUCAAUCAAAAUAUUAUUCACAAUCAUCAAUGAUAUUAAUAGAUUAUUUAAUGAAUAAUGUUCAAAUAAUAAAUCCAAAUAGAUUUAAAUCAAUUUAUAAUAAUAUUUAUUGUGUAGCACAAUUUUUUCAUUCAAAAAUGACAACAAUCAUUUUUAUAUGGCCAUUAUGGCAGAUAAUAAUUCGAAUUUUUUGUUUACAAACACAAUAUACAUUAUUUAAUUUUAUGUUUUUAAAUCUUUAUUCACCAUUAUUAUUGGCCGGUUAUCUAUUACAUAUUGGAUUUCAUUCAACUAAACAUUUACUUAAACAGUUACGUAAAUUGAUUAAUAGUCAUUAUGAAUGUAGAAAAUUUACAACAAAUAAUAAACAAUUAUUAUCAAAACAAUUCAAACAGAUUGAAUUAAAAUUGGAUAAACAUUUACAAAUUUAUAGCCGUUUGAUUAUAUUUGUUGAAGAUGUACAAUCAGUUUUAUCAAAAUUAUUAUUAUAUGCAUUAUUGGUUACAUUUAUUGUCAGUCAAACUACAAAGAAAUUUAUAAAUGAUUUAUCAAAUUAUGAUUAUAAUACAGUUAUAUUAAUAUUUUUAUAUUAUUUUUUAAUUGUUGAUUAUCUAAUAAUCAUAUUAUUAUCAUAUUUUGUUUCAAAAUUUAAUUCAACAAUUAAUUUAAUACGUUUUGAAAUGACACGUAUUGUACGAUUAACAAAUGAAUAUUCAAAUAAUUAUCAUAUCAAAUUUAAAAUGUUAUUCUAUUAUGAACGUUUAGUUGAUCGUAAACCAUUUGGCAUAAAAAUUGGUAAAAUUACUGUACUAACAACGGCUGUAUUUAUGCGCUUAAUGAUAACCUAUAUUCGUAUUACAAUGUUAUCGGCUAAAUUAAUCAAUACAUCAAAUGAAAUUAAUGUUGAUUAG